AUGGACUCGGCUGCAGGCGACGCUGGGGCAGCCCGAGCAGCGCCGGGAGCAGCAGCAGGAGCAGCAGCGAUGCAAGACGCGCAGCAGGGGCCCUUCCAGCGGCUUCUAGGCUUCCUGUCGAAGGACCUGAGGGCGUCGAUGGCGCUGGAGGACUCGGGAGAGCCUCCCGCGAGCGCUUCGCCUGCGGCCGCGCGCCCGGGCGCAGCAGCAGCAGCAGCAGCAGCAGGAGCCCCCGGAGGCGCAGCAGCAGCGGGAGGCGGCGGGGCGGGGGAAGUGUGCGUGGACUGGGGCUCUCUGUGCAGGCACUUGGCCGAAGACGCGUUUGCAGCGUGCUGCGCGUCGCUGAGCAUGUCACCACUGGUCAUGCUGGUGGACCGGGCCAUCGUGGCGAGCACCACUGGGGGCGGGGCGCUGUCUGCGUGCCUGCGGCGGGGCCUCUCUGCUGCUGCGCGCCGCCCGCUCGCGCUGCUGCGCAGCCAGGGCUUCCAAGUGGUCUUUGGGGUAUACGCGGGGACUUACAUGGCGGCCAACGCCGCAGAAACCAUCAGCAGCGCCGUGGGCAGCACGGCUUCUUUGCCCAAACUGGCCUGCGCCACUCUCUGCAACAUUUUCCUUUGUGUCCGCAAAGACAUCACAGCAGCAGCAGCAGCAGCAGCUGGCCGGUCCCCCAGCAGCAGCGACUCCGUUGCAAUGCUGCUGGAGGAGGCAGCAAAGUCUCUCCAAGAAGCGCUCGUGAGGGUGCAGCAGCAGAAGCAGCAGCUGCAGCGGCAGCAGCAGCUGCAGCGGCAACAGCAACAGCUGCUGCAGCAGGAGACUAAACAGGCUCCCGCGUCGCCGGGACAGUCCCAGCAGCAAGAGCAGCAGCAGCAGCAGCGGCAGGCGUUGCUGCCACCAGGCCCUAGGUCUCCGCACCUAAUGGAGACCGAGCAACAGCGGCAGCAGCAGCAACAGAUGCAGCUGCAGCAGCAGGACGAGUCCAUGGAACUGCAGCAGCAGCAGGUGCCUAUUCCUGCCAAUCCGUCGCUGCAGCUGCAGGAGCAGCAGCAGCAGAAGCAGCAGCAGCAGGAGCAGCAGCAGGAGGAGCAGCAGCUGCAGCAGGGGCAGGACCUGCAGAAGCAGCAGCAGCAGGAGCAGCUGCAGCAGCAGAAGCAGCAGCAGGAGGAGCAGGAGCAGCGGCAGAAGCAGGAGCAGGGACAGCAGGAACAGCAGCUGCAGCAGCAGGAGCAGCGGGAGCAAACGGAGCGGCAAGAGCAGCAAUUUGCAAUACAGCCGUUUAGUGCUCAAACGGUCUCGCCGUCCAUGCAGCAGCAGCGACAGGAGCAGCAGCAACAGCAAGAGGAACAGCAGCAGCAACAGCGAAAAGGACUGGAGCAGGAAGCGCCUGAACCUCAAGAGCCCCGGCAGCAGGAACAGCAGCAGCAGCAGCAGCGGAAUGAGCAACUGCAGCUGCUCGAGCCGCCGCCGCCGCAGCAGCAGCACGGGGAAAUACAGCUACCAGAGCCGCAGCAGCAACAGCCGGAGCACAAGAAAAUUCGGCGGCCGGAGCCGCAGCAGCAGCAACAGCAGCAGCACGAGGAAAUGCGUCAACCAGAGCUGCAGCAGCAGCAGCAAGAGCAGGCCGUGCGCAGUGUGCCGCAGAACAAGCAGGAAUUGCAGCACGAUUACGAGCAGCAACAGCAGCAGCAGCAGACACUUCAGGAACAGCAAGAGCAAAAGCAGCGGCAGCAGCAGCAGGAACAACAGCAGCAGCAACAGCAGCAUCCUGCAGCCGUUUUAGAGCCUUCAGUUGCUAUUGUCGGCCAUGUGGGUGCUCAAGAAGCCGGAGCAGCAGCAGUAGCAGCAGCAGCAGCAGCAGCAGCAGCAGCAGGUCCCUACCGCUCCAGAGCAUGGUCGCUGCCUGGCAUGUGUUCUUCGUCUCCUCUGGGCCCUCUCGUGCUCCCCCCGACGCUGCAGCAGCAGCAGCAGCGGCAGCAGCGGAAGCUGCAGCUCCUGAGACUUUUGCCGCUUAAGACUCUCCGAAAGCAGAACGGAGAGCAGCAGCAGCAGCAGCCGCAAGUGCAGCACCAGCUGCAGCAGGAGCAGGAGACUAAGGAAGUCCAAGCGCGAAAGCAGAACGGAGAGCAGCAGCAGCAGCAGCAAGAGCAGCACCAGCUGCAGCAGGAGCAGCAGAGUAAAGAACUUCAAGCGACAGCUGCAGCAGCAGAAGCUCCGGGGAGCGCACAGGAGCAGCAAGUGGAUAACGAGGUUCCUGUAUCUCCAUCGGCAGGGCAGCAAAGCAGCAGCAUCAGCAGCAGCGGCAGCAGCAGCAGCAGCAGCAGGACCAGCGGCAGCAAUGACGCUAGCAGCCGCAGCAGCAGCCCUGCGAAGGAAGGCUCCAGUGCAGAUGCGGCCCCCUCACCUGCGGGCUUCCGGCAGGCAGCAGCAGCAGCAGCAGAGCCGGCACCAGCAUCAGCAGCAGCAGCAGCAGGAAUGUGCCCUGCCUGCAGCAGCACGGCCUUAUCUCCAGCACAGAAGAAAGACACCGCCACACAGACGGAGCCAGAUAUAUGUGGACCCCAUGGGGGGCCCCCCAGGGGGCCCCCCGGGGGGCCCCUUGGAGGGCCCCUGGGGCCCCCGGAUGACACUCAAGUUGGUGCAGAUGCAGCUCCAGGGGCCCCCAAAGGGGUGAAGCCAGCGGGGGCCCCCACAGGGGCCCCUAAGGGGGCCCCCUCAGUGCUCAAGGCGAAGCCACCGGGGCCCCCUCCGGGCACAGCAGCAGCAGCAGCAGCAGCAGCGGGAGCCCCAGGGGCUGCAGCGCGGCUGAAGGCCAAGCCCCCGGGCCCUCCCCCUGGAGCAGCAGCAGCAGCAGGAGCAUCAGCAGGGGCGGGGGCCCCCAAAGCCACCCCGCCAGGGCCCCCCCCGGGGUCCCCCUUGGGGGCCCCCAAAGCGCGGCCUCCGGGGUCCCCUCCGGGGGCCCCCUCAGGGGCCCCCACAGCAGCAGCAGCAGUACCCAAAGGCAAAGCGCCGGGGCUGCCGCCUGGCUUCAAGGCUUGGGGCCCCCCUGCUGCUGCUAAGGGCAAGCCGCCGGGGCCCCCUCCGGGGGCCCGGGGGGCGCCCCCGGGGCCCCCCCCUGGGGCUGGAAGGCCCCCGGGGCCCCCGCCAGGAGCCAACGGGGCCCCCCCGGGAAAGGCCCCGCCGCCCCCGGGGGGCAAGGGGCCCCCUGGAAGGGGCCCCCCGCCUCCAGGUGGAAAGAAAGGAGGGCCCCCCAAGAAGCAAGCCGGCGGUGGACCAGGGAGGAGCAGUGGUCCGGUCUACGUGCUGCCGGAGGAGCAGCUGCCGCUGCCGCCCCAGGGCCUCACUGCUGUCACGCGUCUGCAGUGGGCCCUCAUCAGGGCGGAACAGGUGCGCCCCACGCUGCAGCAGCAGCAGCAGCAGCAACAGCAGCAGCAGCAGCAGCAGCAGGGGCUUUCGCCGUGUUUGGGGGAUGGAUUUGCUGCGUUAGGGCUGCAGCAAGUGCCGCUGUAG